CCAAAAGGCCCAAGGGGGCCCAAAACAAAAAGGGCCCAAAACCCUAGCGUCCGCGUCGGCGCCGCCACCAAGCCUGUCGCUCCUCCCUCCUCCUCCUCCUCCGGUGCUCCCAGCCCGCCCGGUUCGCCGUGAUCCUUCCACAACCAUGACGAUGGUCCCCCUCGACCCCUCGUCCAAGCCCACCUCGCAGCGUCUUAUCACGGAGGGCGACACGGUGGUGGUGUACGAGCGCCACGACGCGAUGCGAGCCGUCGCGGUGCGCGCCGGCGGGGUGCUCCAGAACCGCUUCGGCGUCUUCCGCCACGACGACUGGAUCGGCCGCCCCUUCGGAUCCAAGGUAUUCGGUUCUUGCGGCGGAGGAGGCAAGGCCAAGGCCAAGGCGGGCGGCGGUGGGUUCGUGCACCUCCUCGCGCCCACCCCGGAGCUCUGGACUCUCGUGCUCAGCCACCGGACACAGAUCCUUUACAUCGCCGACAUCAGCCUCGUCGUCGCCUACCUCGAGCUUGUGCCUGGUUGCCUUGUGCUCGAGUCGGGUACGGGCAGCGGGUCGCUCACCACUUCGCUGGCACGCGCCGUCGCGCCGCAUGGCCAAGUCCAUACCUUCGAUUUCCACCAGCAGAGGGCCGCCUCAGCUAGGGAAGACUUUGAGAAGAAUGGCUUGAGCAGCCUCAUCACAGUCAAUGUGAGGGAUGUACAAGGGGAAGGAUUCCCAGAGGAACAUUGUGGUGCUGCUGAUGCUGUCUUCCUGGACUUGCCCCAGCCUUGGCUUGCAAUACCAUCUGUUGGGUCGAUGCUAAAGAAAGACGGUGUUCUAUGCUCCUUUUCGCCUUGUAUUGAGCAAGUGCAGCGUGCUUGUGAAGCCAUGAAAACAUCUUUCACAGAUAUUAGAACCUUUGAGAUUCUUCUUCGCACGUAUGAAGUACGAGAUGUUGCUCUGAAGAGUGUCACCUCCGAGGAAGCAUGUGUGGGGCCUCUUCCGCAGAAAAGAAGAAUGUUGACAAGCCCAGGUGAAAACACAGGCUGCACACAAAGGAGUUCCUCCAUUUUGGUUAGGCCGUGCAGCACUGCUAAAGGGCACACUGGGUACUUAACCUUUGCAAGGCUUUGCGUGUGAUAGGCAAACAUAAUCAUAGAAUAGCUGAGUGUAAGGAUUAGCUGAUGACAGAUGUUGAUAGGAAAUUACACUCCAUUUUUUAGCGCAGUUGUAGACUGUAUGCUUUGAUACGCCUACUGAAGAUCCAGGUAUGGUCGAAUGCUGUUGUUUCAUCUGCGCAAGCUCUGUGCUCGCCUGUAACUUUAUCUUUUCUCUUUUCUGAGAACACUGAAAAUUUGCGAGUCAGAGAAUCACUCUUUUCGUCUUUUCCUUCA